AUGGCCGACGUCGAAAAGUUAAGAAAGCAGAGAAGUUACAUUAAAGGCAAGCUGAUCAGGCUCGAGCAGACAGUAGCACGCUUCCAGGAACAAGCAACAGCGAUGAUCGACAAGGAGGACGCAGAGAUUCGCCUGGAACGACUCGAACAGGUAUGCGACGUCACGGCGGAAGCCGAGGCUGAAUUCGAGGAGAGAAGCUCAGCCGUAAAAGCAAUAUUACGACGAAUCAUAAAGUCGACGAAGAGCGAGAGCGAUGAAACAAGGACGACGGAAAGCGAUAGCGUACUCGUGCAACUUUUACAAAAGCAGAUGACAAUAAUGAAGAAGUACGAAGCCAUCGGAACCGCGCAAGUGCAGGCAUCCUCCGAGGUACGACCGGAAGACAACGCCCCAUUGGGAACCUUGUUGCGGACACAAACAGAACUACUACAGCGCCUUACCGAUAAUUCUGAAGAUGGCGUUACUAGUGGAAAUCGAGUCAAAUUACCGACCAUCAAUCUACCCUCAUUCAAUGGCAAAAUUGAAGAGUGGACGAAAUUCGCGGACGCAUUCAAGAAAACAAUUCACAGUAAUCGAGCGUUGCCAAACAUACAAAAAUUCAUUUAUUUACGUUCCUGUGUCUCUGGUGCAGCCGCACGGGUGAUCGAAGACAUCGAGUUAUUCGACGACAACUAUUCGAUAGCUUAG